GGUUUGAUUUCGUCUACUUUGGAAUGGAAAACACUAUCCGGCUUGCAAGAUCGAGGGCAGCCGUCUAUCCUGUUGUGUGUGACGAUUCGGCCAGUCGUUUAUUCGAGACUGUGAAGUGGUACUUUGUAUUAGAUUUUGAAUCAACUUGUUCACAAGGCAGGUCUUUUUUGUCAGAAAUCAUCGAGUUUCCUGUUGUACUCUUGGAUUCAUCUACUGGUGCUAUUUUUGACCGCUUUUGCCGUUUCGUGCGCCCAACGGAAAACCCAAUCUUGACUGACUUCUGUGUCAGUCUCACUGGUAUCCAUCAGGAAGACGUUGAUGGUGCACAGGAUCUCGCUGUCGUCCUGAAGGAGUUUGAACAUUGGCUCAGACAAAAGAAGCUAGAGCUUGGGUGCCGUUUUAAACCACAAACAACUUCCGGCGCUUUAUUUGUUACCUGGACCGAUUGGGACAUAAGCGAUUGUUUGUGGAAUGAAUGCAGGCGCAAAAAGUUGGCUGUUCCAAAUGACUUAUUCAGCCGAGUUGAUUUGAAGGCGAUAUUUCAGCAGUGGCUGACUUCCAGCGAGCCUAAAGUGAAAUGGCGUGGGGGUCUGGUGGACGCGUUGCACCUAGUUGGCUUAUCAUUUGAGGGUCGCCCUCAUCGAGGUAUUGAUGACGCUAUCAACACUGCUCGUCUCCUUUUUCACCUUCUUUCUAAAAAUAUCUAUAUGACCGCGUAAUACUGACACCUGGAGUUGUCUUUGUUUCAUCCUAACUGAAUGGCGCUUGUAUUAUAUCACACUGUACACCAGUUUCACUCCCACCUCGGGUACACCUUCCUUCCCGUUUUCUUGCUAUGUGAACCCCAGUGAUUACGUGAAGUUUGCACCACGUCUUUGUAUCCAAUGCUUUUUCGUUUUCGCAACAUUCAUCCCACUUUCUUUCCUUGUGCUAUGCUGCAAGGGCUUUAUACUUCAACGAUACAAGGGCUUUGCUCACCCAUAUCUCUUCUGUACACGAUCCACUUGAUUUACAAGUGGAGCACUUGUGCGCAAGGUGCUGUCUGUUACACCACCCAGGAAACUAACUCCCAGUGUUGUUGGAUCGAACUUUUAGUUGUUCAAGUCCCUUUUCACAACGCUUUCGGUCUUCGCGUUAGCCUCCCUACCUCUUUUCCAGCAUUUUAGCCCUCACGUUUCGUUCCUGUUGCUGAUUACCAACAAGUAUGUGAGGUAUUUGACAUAUUUUGGUCGUCUGAUUUCUUUACUAGCACUGCAGGAUCUAUUUAUAUGUUCACGCAUCACGCUGCUUGAUACAUCGUUUCUUA